AUGAAAUUCCUCAUUCUCGCAACUUCAGUUUUGGCAGUCUCGGUUUACUGUGGUGAUUAUGCAGCAGGUGGUGCAGCAGGAGGAGGUGGUGGUGGUUAUUCUGGAGGUGGAGGUGCAGCUGCUGCACCAGAAGCUGCACCUGCUCCGGCUGCGGAUGCUGGAGCUGCAGGAGGAGCUGGUGGUUAUUCUGGAGGAGGAAGUGCAGCGGCUGCGCCUGCACCAGCUGCACCAGCUGCUGAUGCUGGAGCAUCAGGUGGAUCUGGAGGAUAUUCGGGAGGAGGAAGUGCAGCGGCUGCACCUGCACCAGCUGCACCAGCUGCACCAGCUGCACCAGCUGCUGAUGCUGGAGCAGCAGGUGGAUCUGGAGGAUAUUCUGGAGGAGGAGGUGCAGCAGCUGCACCUGCACCAGCUGCAGACGCUGGAGCCGCUGCAGGAUCUGGAGGAUAUGCUGGAGGAGCUGCAGCUGGAGGUGGUGGAGGUUCGUAUCCAGCCAAAGCAAAGAUGGCCAAAUUUUUGAGAGUUGCUGCAUAA